AUGAUGACCACCAACGUCUGGCUGAAACAGGAGUGGAGCGAUUACAAGCUGCGCUGGGACCCGGCCGAGUACGACAACGUCACCUCCAUCCGGGUGCCCUCCGAGAUGAUCUGGAUCCCCGACCUCGUCCUCUACAACAACGCCGACGGCGAGUUCGCGGUGACGCACAUGACCAAGGCGCACCUGUCGUGGGACGGCACGGUCACCUGGGUGCCGCCCGCCAUCUACAAGAGCUCCUGCAGCAUCGACGUCACCUUCUUCCCCUUCGACCAGCAGAGCUGCAAGAUGAAGUUCGGCUCCUGGACCUACGACAAGGCCAAGAUCGACCUGGAGAACAUGGACCACCAGGUGGACCUCAAGGACUACUGGGAGAGCGGCGAGUGGGCCAUCAUCAACGCCGUGGGCACCUACAACUCCAAGAAGUACGACUGCUGCACGGAGAUCUACCCCGACAUCACCUUCUACUUCGUCAUCCGCCGCCUGCCGCUCUUCUACACCAUCAACCUCAUCAUCCCCUGCCUGCUCAUCUCCUGCCUCACCGUCCUGGUCUUCUACCUGCCCUCGGACUGCGGCGAGAAGAUCACGCUGUGCAUCUCCGUGCUGCUGUCCCUCACCGUCUUCCUGCUGCUCAUCACCGAGAUCAUCCCGUCCACCUCGCUGGUCAUCCCGCUGAUCGGCGAGUACCUGCUCUUCACCAUGAUCUUCGUCACGCUCUCCAUCAUCAUCACCGUCUUCGUGCUCAACGUGCACCACCGCUCGCCCAGCACGCACGCCAUGCCCGCCUGGGUGCGCAGCUUCUUCCUGGGCCUGGUGCCCCGGUGGCUCUCCAUGAAGAGGCCGGCCCAGGACGGGGCGCGGGGCCCGCGCGGGCGCCCCGGGGCGCGGCUGAGCACGUCCCGCUGCUGGCUGGAGACCGACGUGGAUGACAAGUGGGAGGAGGAGGAGGAGGAGGAGGAGGAAGAAGAAGAGGAGAAGGCCUACCCCAGCCACCCCGUGGAACCCAAGGGAAGCCAGUUCCGCUACGGGAAAAAACCCGCGGGCUCGCGGGGAUCGUCCAAGGGGAAGGACAAGGAGCAGGAGGAGGAGGAGGAGAAGGGGGAGGAAGGCUCGGAGCGGGGUUUGGCGCUGUCCCCGAGGAUGAUGAAGGCUCUGGAAGGGGUGCAGUACAUCGCCGACCACCUGAGGGCCGAGGACGCCGACUUCUCCGUGAAGGAGGACUGGAAGUACGUGGCCAUGGUGAUCGACCGGAUCUUCCUGUGGAUCUUCAUCAUCGUCUGCCUGCUGGGCACCGUGGGGCUCUUCCUGCCCCCGUACCUGGCCGGCAUGAUCUAG